AUGUCUUUCCCUAAAAAAAAUACCUUUGAUGUUGAAGAAAUCUUAAAACAAUUGACUCUCCAAGAAAAAGUAGAGCUGUUAUCCGCUGUUGAUUUUUGGCAUACAAGUAAAAUACCACGCUUGGGCAUUGAUUGGCAGAUACGUGUAAGUGACGGUCCCAAUGGGAUUAGGGGUACUCGAUUUUUUGAUUCUGUACCAAGUGCUUGUUUCCCAAACGGUACUGGUUUAGCUUCAUCCUUUAAUUCAGAUCUACUAGAAAAAGCCGGUAAAUUAAUGGCUGUUGAAGCCAGACAUAAGAAUGCGCAUAUCAUUUUAGGCCCCACAACAAAUAUCCAAAGGGGUCCUUUGGGCGGGCGUGGUUUUGAAAGUUUUAGUGAAGAUCCAUAUUUAAGUGGUAUCGCUACUGCUUCCAUUGUCAAGGGAAUCCAAGCUGACGGUGAUAUUGGUGCCACUGUAAAACAUUUUGUUUGUAAUGACUUGGAGCAUGAAAGAUUUAGUUCCAACUCAAUUGUCUCUCAAAGAGCUUUAAGAGAAAUUUAUUUGGAACCCUUUAGAUUAGCCAUUAAAUUGGCCAAUCCAGCUUGUAUUAUGACUGCUUAUAAUAAAGUUAAUGGUACACAUUGUUCUGAAAAUGAAAGUUUAAUUUCUAACAUCUUAAGAAAAGAAUGGGCUUGGAAUGGUUUGGUUAUGAGUGAUUGGUUUGGUACAUAUUCCACAGUUGAAAGCUUAAAAAAUGGACUAGAUAUCGAGUUCCCAGGACCCUCUAAAUUUAGACAAUGGCCCAUUGUCAAACACCUUUUGCAAAGUAAAGAGGGGGACUUGAGUGAAGAAGACCAUAUCAACGAACGUUGCCGUCAUGUUUUGAGUUUAAUGAAGUUUGUCAAACAAAAUAAUUUGGAUGUCCAUGGCUAUUCAACAACUGAAGAUGCUUUAAAUAACACUAAGGAAACGAGUUCUUUACUAAGAGAGCUUGGUGCUGAAACUAUUGUUUUAUUGAAAAACAACAAUAAUAUUUUGCCAUUGUCCGCCGAAAAAGAUUCUAUUGCUGUUAUAGGUCCUAACGCCACUGCCUUUAAUACUUAUUCUGGUGGUGGUUCUGCUUCAUUAAAUCCCUACUAUGUUGUUACUCCAUUACAAGGUAUCCAAUCAAAGUUGGGUGGGAGUAAGAAAGUGGCCUAUACUAUUGGUUGUCAUGCGCAUAAGGCUUUGAGUGGGUUAUUAGAAGUCCUAACUAACGAUUUGGAUCCCUCCAAGAACGGUUCCAAGGCCUCCUUCUAUCUAAAAAGUGCUCAAGAUAGAAAAGUUGCCAAGGAAGUGCCAAUUGAUACUAAAAUUGUUAAUAAAUCGUUUGUCACUUUAUUUGAUUAUGACAAUCAAAAAAUUAACCCUAAAACUAAAGAAUUUUAUAUUGAUUUUGAAGGUUAUUUAACCCCCAAAGAAACUGGUGAUUAUCAAUUUGGUGUCCAGGUUUUUGGUACAGCUUUGUUAUAUAUUGAUGACAAAUUGGUUAUAGAUAAUAAGACUACUCAAACAAAAGGUACUUUUUGUUUUAGUAGCGGAACCAUUGAGGAGACGGCUAUUGUUUACCUAGAAGCUGGUAAGAAAUACAAAAUUACAGUUGAAUAUGGAUCCGGUUUUACAUCUAAGAUUGCUACUGACUUUGGUGGCGGUGGCUUACAAGUUGGUUUUACUAAAGUUAUUGAUGCCCAAGAAGAAAUUGCUAAAGCAGUUGAGUUGGCUAAGUCUCAUGACAAAGUUGUUCUAUGCAUUGGCUUGAACAGUGAGUGGGAAAGUGAGGGUUAUGAUCGUACUGAUAUGUCUUUGCCACGUAAAACUGAUGAUUUGGUUUCUGCUGUUUUAAAAGCUAACCCAAAUACUGUUGUUAUCAAUCAAAGUGGAACUCCAGUAGAAAUGCCCUGGAUUGCCGACUGUAAUGCCUUCAUCCAAGCUUGGUAUGGUGGCAAUGAGUUGGGUAACUCCAUUGCUGAUGUUUUGUUCGGUGAUGUAGUUCCAAGUGGUAAGUUGUCGUUAAGUUGGCCCAAAAAAAAUGAGGAUAAUCCAGCCUAUUUGAACUUCCACACUGAAAUGGGCAGAGUUUUAUACGGAGAAGAUAUUUUUGUUGGUUAUAGAUAUUAUGACAAGUUGCAAAGAACUGUUUUAUUCCCAUUUGGCUAUGGUUUAUCUUAUACAACUUUUGAGUUUGAACAUUUGGAAGUCUCACCUUUGUUCGAUGAAGGUAAGUUGAAUGUAGCAUGUACAGUUAGCAACACUGGUGAUUAUGCUGGUAAGGAAGUUGUUCAGCUCUAUGUUGGGGCUGCCACCUGUGGUAAUGUUACAAAACCAGUUAAAGAAUUGAAAGGUUUCAAGAAGGUGUUUAUUGAAAAGGGUUCUAGUGUUAAAGUUGGAUUUGAGUUAUCUAUUAGGCAUAUUACUUCUUAUUUUGAUGAAUUUAAGGGUAGAUGGUGUAGUGAAAGUGGUGACUAUAGAGUAUUUGUAGGUCGUAGUAGUGACGAGCUUCCAUUGUUUGGUAAAUUUACAGUUAAGGAAACAACAUAUUGGACCGGUUUGUGA